UACGGUGGAGGGAUAGAGAAGAAAUAUAUUGUAUUUGAACCUUCAAGAGACAAAUUGAGCUGGUUCAGGAAAGAAAACAUCAAAACAUCAUCAUUUAGUGAUCUGAAUAGACAAGGAUACUACAGCUCCUUUAGCAUUGAUGGACAGGUGAACUCUGAUAGACACUUUUUAAUCAGUAAACACGAAGGCGGACAUUCAUCUGAUGUUGGGAAAUUUUGGUUCGGAAUAUUUGAGACAAGAAUUUAUGAUCUGCUGGGAGAGAAUCCAAGCCUUCCAGCAAUUUUAUAUAGUCCAGGUUCUAUAGCCUCACUAUGGAAUAGCCUGAGCGCAACGGCAAAAGAACAUGAUUAUUUGAGCAUAAACUGUGCGUCUCAAGGGACUAUUCACAUAAAAAGAGCUACCUAUGGGUUAGGUGGUCGGUGGACUUAUGGGACAUCUCAAAUGAGAAGCAGGUGUAACUACAUGGAUGCCUGUUCGGUAAAGGCCGACAAUGCUAUAUUUUCUGAUCCAGCCGUAGGAGACAAGAAAUUUUUAAAUGUAGAUUACACAUGUGGACCUAGUAUCGCUGAUGAAAUCGGCAUUUAUGUAAAAGCAGAAGAUCAAUCCAAAAUACAAAACUGUGUGGAAAUUGACUUGGACUGCUAUCUCUCUCCACAUGGUCAUUGCAAAAGAUGCCACCCGGCGUUACCUGUGGUACUGUACAAUGGGAGCAGAGAGUGUGCCUGGUUAUGUUCUCAGGAAAACAGACAGUGCUGGCCCGGGUCAUGUGGCUCUGAUAAUGUCGCUCACCAUUGUCAGUGCGACGAAGGAUUUUCUACCGUAAAAAAUGCAGAUCAAGCAAAAUGCAUAAUGACCCGCAAACCAACUAUUGUAACCUGUUUCGUUGGUAUACAUGGAAGAAACGGAGAACACAGCAUUCUGAAAAAAAUAAAUUCGUCUUCAGCUUGCCAAGACCAACGAGACAAUUUCAUAAAAUUUCAGGCUACAAAGACAGAUUUUACCUUACAAUAUACAUUUACCAUCAAACCAACCCACCCAAAGCCAACGUUCAUAACAGAGUAUAAAUUUGGAAUAGGAGGUGGAAGUCUUUCUCUGUACUGGAAACGAACCGUAAAAGAAUCAAGACAAAUGCUAUUUGGUGAAAGACUCGCUGACCACGUCGUGGGAAUUAACCGUCUUGAAGAUACUGUCAACGUUAAGAACAACGAUACAACAUUACCAAAUAUUACCCUUGAAAAUGGAGAUGGGCUUUGCUAUACGUUUUUGGCUGUUGGAAAAGGAUAUCUUCAAACCACAGUUUUACAUGAUCCGAACAAGCCACUACCUAGAGAGUACUACAAUGAAACGGUGACAACAAGAGAAUUAUGUUUUUGGUUCGACAAUUUACAACCUCUUCAUUGUAAGGUCACUAGAGAAUGUAACAAUUUAGACGUUAUUCAAAUUCCAAACUCAAUAACAAAGUCGCCAUUUGUUACAGUUGGAAUAAAAGGUUGGAAAGAUAUGGAUAAUUUCAAAGGCAAACAUAUAAACGCAUCAGGAAUAUCAGAAUACGAAAUAACUGUCUAUGGAAUACAUGGUGAUGGUGCUUUGUUGAAAGCUGAUAUUUCAGCUGAUAAAAGUAAUACAAGAACAUCAAACACACCAACGCCUAUGCAUAUUGAGUUAUCUACUUGUGGACUUUACGAGAUCCACCUUGAAAUUAAAGAUAACUCUGGAGAAGGAAAUGUUCAAAUAGCAAGAAGAUUUGUGCUAUUUGACAAUUGCUCUGAUGUUCAUAAAGAUCCUCAAAAGAAUCUUUUUAUUGCGACGGCAGAUCUUAGUUCUAGCAGAACCUGGCAAACACAGAAAACUGAACUUUGCUUUGACUGGACCGGCCGAUUUUAUAACACUUUACACAAAAAGACUAAUCUUCUCAAACCGAUUGAACGAAAAUCUUUAAUUGCAGAGGAAUACGAAGACAACGAAUAUCCCUUGCCCAGAAAUGGCACCGUCAAUUUAGACGGCAUUAUAGAGUUUAAUUUCACAAUAACUGUAAAUGGAAAUAAAAGAAUUAUAAACCAGAUGCAUGAAAAUGUAAUGAUGCCGAAACACUGUACCAACUUGACUCUCCUGGACGGGGAUUCUGUUUCUGUUGAUGUUUUUGCUACUGACAUAAUGGGUAACUCUAAUAACGACUCGGUUACGGUUCAUAUAGACACCUCUGUUCCAGAAAUUACCGACAUGGGCUUAAACAAUGGCGAUUUUAAAGGACUUUUUGUUCACAAUGCUAUUGAGCUAUCAAAAAUGAAGAUGAUUUUAACUAUUCAAGACCUCCAUAGUGGACUGAGGUCCAUUCAGUGGUAUUUUGGAACAACGUUAGGUGAAAUGGAUAUUGGGAACGGAUCUUUAGCAGUAAAUCGUCUACCUAAUGGCAAUGACUGUAACAACUAUACAAAGUGUUAUUGUCCAUCACUUGGCCCCUGUGAAAUAUCAACAUACAGCAUAGAUAUGUCAAAACUGAUGCACAACAAUAAGAACAUUGGACAGCACAAUAGAGAUUACUUUUUUACUUUUGUCGUCACAAACAACGCCUUUUUGCGAACUAUUGAUCAUGUGGAUAUCCUCGUUGAUGAAUCGGCCCCUGUAAAAGGAGUGGUUAUGGAAGGUGCCCCGGAAGAAAAGGAUAAAGAUUUUACCAACGAAAACAAUACCCUUUUAAACUGGAAUGGAUUUAUCGACCAUGAGAGUGGGAUACGAUUGUACCAGGAUUUGGUCAAUCAGAUUCGGAAUAUCUUAGUCCUUCUCUUCUCUCAUACACAAAAACAUUAG